AUGGAACAGUGCUCUGGAGGAGAAGUUCCAAUGUCUAAAGGUGACAAGCUCACAAAAGGUCAACAGCCACAAACUGAAACUGAGAAGGAGAAUAGGAAGUCAAAGCCUUAUGCAAGAUUAGUUGGAAGCCUCAUGUAUGCUCAAGUUUGCACAAGACCUGACUUAGCUUUUGUAGUUGGGAUGUUAUCAAGGUUUCAAUCUAAUCCAGGUUAUGAACACUGGGUUGCAGGGAAAAAGGUGUUGAGGUAUCUACAGAAGACAAAGAAUCACAUGCUAGUUUACAGACAAGUCAAUGAUUUGAAGGUUAUUGGAUUUUCAGAUUCUGAUUUUGCAGGGAAUUACCCUGAUUCAAAGAAGUCCACUUGUGAAUACGUGUACAUGCUAGCAGGAGGAGCUAUUGCUUGGAAAACCAUGAAGCAUGCAUUGAUCACAACCUCAACCAUGCAAGCUAAGUACAUAGCAGUAUAUGAAGCAGUGUGUGAAGGGGUGUGGAUAAGGAAUUUUCUACAGCAGACUCAAGUACUCAGUCACAUUGUGGAAGACGAAUUGGAAGUUUUUUGUGACAAUGAGGCAGUUGUGUACUUUUGCAAGAACAAUAAGAGAUCUAGUAAUUCUAAGCAUAUAGAUUUAAAGUAUUACAUUGUUAGGGAGAGGGUUAAAAGGGGUGAGUUAGUGGUUCUAAGUAUAGAUACAAACUCACAACUAGGUGAUCCUUUCACAAAAGCAUUACCAGUUAAAGUGUUCAAGAAACACAUUGAGAGCAUAGACAUUUUGCCUAACUUAGAUGCUUGA